UGCGGCCGGGCAGCCCCCUGCGAGCCGCUGCGCUACAACGUGUGCCUGGGCUCGACGCUGCCCUACGGGGCCACCUCCACGCUGCUGGCCGGGGACUCGGAUUCCCAGGAGGAAGCGCAUGGCAAGCUCCUGCUCUGGUCGGGCCUCCGCAAUGCCCCUCGCUGCUGGGCAGUGAUCCAGCCGCUGCUGUGCGCUGUGUACAUGCCCAAGUGCGAGAAUGACCGCGUGGAACUGCCCAGCCGCACCCUCUGCCAGGCCACCCGCGGCCCCUGCGCCAUUGUGGAGCGGGAGCGGGGCUGGCCCGACUUCCUGCGCUGCACCCCCGACCACUUCCCCGAAGGCUGCCCGAACGAGGUACAGAACAUCAAGUUCAACAGCUCGGGCCAGUGCGAGGCGCCGCUGGUUCGCACGGACAACCCCAAGAGCUGGUACGAGGACGUGGAGGGCUGCGGCAUCCGGUGCCAGAACCCUCUUUUCACGGAGGACGAGCACCAGGACAUGCACAGCUACAUCGCCGGCUUCGGUGCCGUCACGGGCCUCUGCACGCUCUUCACCCUGGCCACAUUUGUCGCCGACUGGAGGAAUUCAAAUCGCUACCCCGCCGUGAUUCUCUUCUACGUCAAUGCCUGCUUCUUCGUGGGCAGCAUUGGCUGGCUGGCCCAGUUCAUGGACGGGGCCCGUCGGGAGAUUGUCUGCCGGGCAGAUGGCACCAUGAGGCUUGGGGAGCCCACCUCCAACGAGACCCUGUCCUGCGUCAUCAUCUUUGUCAUUGUCUACUACGCGCUGAUGGCCGGUGUGGUCUGGUUUGUGGUCCUCACCUAUGCCUGGCACACCUCCUUCAAAGCCCUGGGCACCACCUACCAGCCUCUGUCAGGCAAGACCUCCUACUUCCACCUGCUCACGUGGUCACUGCCCUUUGUGCUGACCGUGGCCAUCCUUGCCUUGGCCCAGGUGGAUGGGGACUCGGUGAGCGGCAUCUGUUUCGUGGGCUACAAGAACUACCGGUACCGCGCUGGCUUCGUGCUGGCCCCCAUCGGCCUGGUGCUCAUUGUGGGCGGCUACUUCCUCAUCCGAGGAGUCAUGACUCUGUUCUCCAUCAAGAGCAACCACCCUGGGCUGCUGAGUGAGAAGGCUGCGAGCAAGAUCAACGAGACCAUGCUGCGCCUGGGCAUUUUUGGCUUCCUGGCCUUUGGCUUUGUGCUCAUCACCUUCAGCUGUCAUUUCUACGACUUCUUCAACCAGGCGGAGUGGGAGCGCAGCUUCCGGGAUUACGUGCUGUGCCAGGCCAACGUGACCAUUGGGCUGCCCACCAAGAAGCCCAUUCCCGACUGUGAGAUCAAGAACCGCCCAAGCCUCCUGGUGGAGAAGAUCAACCUCUUCGCCAUGUUUGGCACCGGAAUCGCCAUGAGCACCUGGGUCUGGACCAAGGCCACACUGCUCAUCUGGCGGCGCACCUGGUGCAGGCUGACCAGGCAGAGCGACGACGAGCCCAAACGGAUCAAGAAGAGCAAAAUGAUCGCCAAGGCCUUUUCCAAGCGGCGCGAGCUGCUGCAGAACCCUGGCCAGGAGCUGUCCUUCAGCAUGCAUACUGUCUCCCACGACGGGCCAGUGGCUGGCUUGGCCUUUGACCUCAACGAGCCCUCUGCAGACGUGUCCUCCGCCUGGGCCCAGCACGUCACCAAGAUGGUGGCUCGGAGAGGGGCCAUCCUGCCCCAGGAUGUGUCUGUCACCCCAGUGGCCACCCCAGUGCCCCCGGAGGAGCAGGCCAACCUGUGGCUGGUGGAGGCCGAGAUCUCGCCAGAGCUGGAGAAGCGCCUGGGGCGAAAGAAAAAGCGGAGGAAGAGGAAGAAGGAGGUGUGUCCCCUGGGACCGCCCACCGAGCUGCCCCGCCCCGCGACCGACCACGCCCCCAGCGCCGUCCCUCGGCUGCCGCAGUUGCCCCGCCAGAAAUGCCUGGUGGCUGCGGGACCCUGGGGAGCCGGGGAGCCCUGCCGCCAGGGCACCUGGACCCUGGUCGCCAACCCCUUCUGUCCGGAGCUCCAGGACCCGUUUCUGCCCAGCGCCCCAGCGCCGGGGGCCUGGGCUCAGGGCCGCCGGCAGGGGCAGGGGCAGGGGCUGGGGCCCAUCCACUCUCGCACCAACCUGAUGGAGGCGGAGCUGAUGGACGUGGACUCGGACUUCUGAGCCUGGAGUGCCCUCCCUGACACUGGACAGAGCCGAGGCUACUGGAGGCGCGCCCCCACGCUGCGAGCGCUUCCUGGGGAGCUGGGUCUCCAGGGACCCUGAGGACCCAAUGCCCCGUAGGCAGAGAGAGGAGACAGUAGGACCCGGUCAAGUGGCAUCCCUGUGGCCCACCUUCGACCCAUCAGCUGGGUCUUCGGAGCUUCGUCUCUGGCCGGGUCCUGAACUGCCGAACUUACACCGUGGGGCAGGCACCAGAAGCUGGGGUGACAGCACCCCCACCCCCGUGGGUUGCGGGGCUGGCUAGACAGGUGGCCGGCAGGUGAACUAAGUGGGACCCUUUCUGGCUCACUCAGACCAAAAGUCGUUUUAUUGGGUCAUUAGCCCUUUGUCUAGUCGGGGCAGGGUUCCUUCUUCCUCUUCCAGGAGAGGUACCCUGCUGACCCUCCCUACCCCAGGCCAGAACCCCACCCUGGCUGUCCAACGACUUCUUCUUCCCUCCUUUAGUUCGCCCAGGCCAACCUGCUCCCCUGCCCCGUUUGUUGAGUUAGGCCCCUGAGCUGCAGCGUCCCCUCCCCCCCACCUCACCCAACCCCUACAUUGGGCUCCCUGCCCAGGGAGAGGCUGGCCCUGGUGUGGAGGAGAGGCCACACAGAGACCCAUGGUGAGCUUCCCUCACAUCCACCACUGGGGGGUGGACCUUCUGACUUGAGGGACUUUUCCUGAAAAGUGGCAGCCAGGCAGGAAAGGUUCCUUCAACUUCCAUGCCCCAGGGAUGAGGAGAUGCCCACCUCUUAGACCACCCCUCAGCCAUGUCCCCAAGGCCUCAUGAUUAAGAACCAGACUGCAGGAAACCAUAGAAGCUGGCUGGGCCCCAGGCCUGAAGAGGGGUGGGGAGAAGGAAUACAGUAAAUAAAAGGCUUUUAUAUAAA